GCAAUCUGUAUUUCACUUGUUUACAGAAAAUCACUUUCCAAAACAAAAUGAUGCUGAUAAAUUUUAAUUAAUCACAAACUUCCAUGCCUUCAAAAAUGCCUCGACCGCUUGGAGGUAAAACUAUUAUACAAAGGAUUCAAGCUGGUGAGACAAUCGCAGACAUAAUUCAACUGUACAAUGAUCACAACACAAAAUCUGCAAAGCAAGAUGCUGAGAACAAGUGGUUUCAUGGCAAGCUUACCAGAGGAAAUGCAAUUCACAUCCUGAAAAAAGGAGGCAUGAAACAGGGCCAAUUUAUUGUUCGUGAGAGUGUUAAUGUUCCUGGGAGUUACGUUUUAUCACUGAUACACAAAGACGAAAGUCAGCAUUUUCAAAUCAAUACUUCACCACAUUCCGGAUGCUUCAGUAUUGAUAAUGGUCCUCCUUUUGUCGGUCUCGAUCAACUAAUAAGAUUUUACAAGAAUGGAUCAAACGGGUUGCCAACAUCUCUUGGUACACAUUGUUCUGGAUCAUCGCUACCACCUCAUCUGAGGAAAUGUGGCGACAAUACAAUUCUUCACCAAUUAGUAGAUGAAGCAGUUGAUGCAGCUACCUUCCGUAAAUUUCUUGAAAGUAGACUGUGUCCACAUAAAGAUAUAAGAAACAAAAGUGGUCGUACUGCAUUACACGAAGCAGCUGCCAGAGGACUGAAUGAUCUUAUAUUAGAACUUUAUAAACACGGAGCUGACAUGAAAACCAGAGAUUCUGAUGGUGGAUCUGCACUGCAUCUUGCUUGCAGCGCCAAUAAACCAGAAACUUGUAAAAUCCUUACAAAACAUUGCCAUGCCAAACCCCAGGACAGAUGCUGUGGUUCAGGAAGAGUCCCACUUCAUGAAGCUGCUUAUCAUGGCCAUGUUAAAUGUUGUGAAAUGUUACUGCAACAAGGAGCUGCAUGUCAUCCUAGAUGUGUUAACAAAGAAACACCACUAGAUCUUGCCAGGAAACGACAGAAGAUGGAUUGUGUAGCUUUAUUGGAAAAUCAUCGACCUCCGUCACCAAGAUUUGGAUCCCAUCUUUACUUGCACUCUGAUGGUAUGGACAGAAAUAAAGCAGUAGAGGAACUGCAGAGAAGUGGAUUAUCUGAUGGUUCUUUCCUUGUACGACUGUCAAAAAGAGUUCAGGGACAAUAUGUUUUAACUAUGUCAUUCAAUCGCUCAGUUUUCAACUAUGAAAUUAAAGCCAUGAGUAAUGGAGGUUCAAAGUGGUAUUACAUUGACGACGGACCUUUGUUUUCAUCGAUCGAAUAUCUUAUUGAUUAUUAUUGUCGAUGUUCCGAUGGUCUUCCCGAUGAACUCAGAAAUCCAAUCAGGCCUGGCGGUAUAUCGGCCAAUCAGAACAAACCGAGACCGCAAAUUGAUAGGAGACCACCUAUCCCAGCGCCAAUACCACAAACACCACCCAUUCCAGCACAUGGUAAUAAUCACCAGGUUCCAUUUCCUGGUACAAACUCAAAUAGGGAAAAGGGCAAAGUUAUUAAACGUGAGAUGUUGAAAUUGGGAAGAGAACUUGGAAUGGGAGAAUUUGGUUCUGUUUUGAUGGGAGAAUGGACUGAUCCGAGUGGAAGAAAUAUACCAGUUGCGCUGAAAACAUUGCAUGGGGAACAUAUCAAUACAGGAGAGGAAGAAUUCAAGAGAGAAGCUUCUAUUAUGAUGGGACUCGAUCAUCCUUGCAUUGUCAAAUUAUAUGGAAUAUGUAGAGGGGAAUCACUCAUGAUGGUUCAAGAAUUAGUAACAAUGGGUUCUGCUCUUGACUUUAUUCUCGAUUACCCUGUUGCUGUUGGACUUGGUGAAUUCAAAUUGUGGGCGGCACAAAUUGCAAGUGGAAUGAAUUACCUUGAAGAGAAAGGAUUUGUGCAUCGUGAUCUUGCUUUAAGAAAUAUUCUACUCUCUUCAAUUCAACUUAUCAAAAUAUCUGAUUUUGGUCUGAGUAGAGCAGUUGGUGCAGGAAACAAUUAUUAUAAAGCAUCUGCAGGUGGUAGAUGGCCUGUUAAAUGGUAUGCACCAGAAUCUAUUAAUUACGGUACUUUUUCAUCAGCAUCUGAUGUUUGGAGUUACGCAGUUACCAUCUGGGAAAUGUUUUCCAAAGGAGAUCAACCCUAUGGCAAUAUGACUGGGGCACAGGUUAUUCAAUACAUAGAAGAUUGCAAGCAGCGUCUUUCUAAGCCUGAUGGAUGUCCUGAGAAAGUUUAUCAAAUAAUGUUGAAAUGCUGGCAAUAUGAUAAAGAAGAUCGACCAACGUUUAGAUGGCUUCAUCACAAAUUCCAGUCUGACCCAGAGUAUUUUAAUAUGAGAGUACCAGGACACAACCACAAGAGAGAUGAGGGUUAAUUUUUCCAAUAAGGGUUAAUUUCUCUCUGAAACAAAGAUAUAUUUCUGAACAUUGAAAUGAGAGUUCAGCAUUGUUGUCUCAGAUGAACAGUGUACUAGAACAUAAAUAUAAAUUCUUGGAAUUAUGUUUUGUUAGCCUUUUGAUGUCAAAUUUUAAAUACCAAUUUUUCUUCCUUGAAUUAUAAGAUUAUUAAGCAAAAUAAGUUUUCUAUUAAAGUUAUAUCUUGAUUAUUUGGAUAUUGAUACCAACAAUAUAACUGCAGUUUCAUAGCCAAGGAUUCAGGGUUUCAUAAUUGAUAUUUGCUUUCUCAGGUAUAAUGCCAUUUGCUUUAUUUGUUCCAAAUGUAAUAGGCUAACCCAUUGCUGUUGUAUUGACCAUGUCUCUUUCUCUUUAUUUACUUGAAGUCAUUAUUCUAUUAUUUAAAACAUAAAUGGAUAUCAAUAUUAAGAAUAUUUUCGUUGCAUUGUGAUUCUUUUUAAUGCAUCGCCUUUCUGCCUGAUCCUUCUGUUCUUUUAUUAUUUUACAUUGUGUUAUUACUUUUUUUUGCCAUUUAUGAUAUCACUCAAAUGACUGGAUUGCACCCAUAUUUUGGGUGGAAGGUAAAUUUUUUUUUUUUUUUCAUGUUUGAAUUUCUGGAUUUCUUUCAAAAUUUACUCAUCUUUGAAUAUUCAAUAUUUGGGGAAUGGGGCUCAAUUUUAUGACCACUGACAAAUAUUUCAAUUUUGACUUCUCAGUUUGGUAAAAAUCCAAUAUUUAAGAUCCACUCGUUAUAUAUUUCUGUGUUACAUUAAUACUGCUCUUAUCAGAGACAAAUAAUGAUACAUACCGUACAUAACUGCAACCUGUGUCACUUCAGGGUCAUUACGACAUCGAUGACUUGCAAACUCGAAAGCCUUAGUGACUGGGUUUUAAGUGCCUUUUCAAAGUGGCUUCAAAAAUAAGGGGAAAAUAAAAGGAAUUGAUACACUAUUAUCAAAUACAUUUUAUAGUUUAUUUAUUUGACUUAUGGAUUUAAAACAUUUGGUCCAAAGAAAAAUUUGAAAUUUGAAAAACUUUGAUGAUAGACUAUAAUAACCUGCCAUGGUCAAUGAUACAUAUUCCUUGCUUAGUUGUCAACGCAUCCGCUGAGCAACAUUAUUUCGCAUCUUGUAUUUUAUGUAUAUGCAAUCAAUUUGUUAUUUGGCCUUAUAAACCAAGUAUUUUUUAUAUUUCACUCGAGGCGAUCGAUCGCUUCUUGUGUUUUUAUAAUCGGGGAUUUCUCAGUUUUUAUUUUACUUAGUAUUAAUAUGAUAUUUACAUUUAUUGGUCAUCAAAUCUUAUUCAUUUAUGCAUAAACAAUCAUGGGUUUGUGUGCAUCAUAUUCAUAUUCAACAUUAUCUAUUCAUAGGCAUAUAUGCAUCUUAAAUGGCAUGUACUGGCCCUAUUUGUGUCAUAUUUUUGACAAUCUAUAGCCUGCUAUUGCUUAACAUACUGAGUUAUUCUGCUUUUAUACUACAUUCACAUAUGUUAGUUGGCAUUGUACCUGAUGAUUUUUGGAGGACUGGUUAGACAUCUUGGGUGUAAAACCCAAUGCCUAACGUCCAGUGGUGUGUCGAACUUUUCUGAUGCCCGGGGCGAGUUUCUGAUAAUUCUGCCCCUCAUACCUAACUUCAAAAUUAAUUUGGGGGAUGAACGAAUUAUAGUUGAUGUGAUACAUGAGAAUAAAUAAAUUGAAGGUCAAGUAAGAGUAAAAUGUUUGUAAUAUUAUUAUAUAAAUCAUCAAACUAAGCAACAAAUUUACCCCUGUAACGUGCUGCCCCUUUGGCCCCCUUCAGACACACCACUGCUAACAUCUGGGUGUAAUAAAUUGGGUAGGUAUCUCAUUAUCGAUGGAAGCUUAUCGCCGUAUCGGUGUACUUGUUUGGACCAAGUUUGAAGACUGUAUAGAUAUUUAUCCAUAUCUGUUCAUUGAGAAGAUCUGAUAGUUGGUACUCAGUUAUCAGCUGUCGUAGUUUAUAUUAGGUUAUAUUUGUAUUGCUGCUAUCCAUCCACUGUCACCAUUUUGCAGCAUAUAUUUUUAUUCAGAAUUGGAAUGCAUGUACUCGGUGAGCAAUUUGAAUGUUGAAAUGGAAGACAUCGUUUUUGUAUAUAUAUCGUAUGUUAAUUUUUGCCCUUAGCCAUUGUGUACUAUUCACUAUAAUUAUAUCAGUCUUCAUUUUUGAGAAGAACAUUCUCAUUACGUUUUUUUGAAAAUUUUGUGGUCAUUUCGUCGAUAUAAAUUUCAUUAUUUUAUGGUGUGGCAGUGUUGAUGUUUCAUUGACCUAUGCACUGAUAGUCAUCUUCUGGGAAAGCCUCGAGUGUGACAGAAGAAAGUUGAAAAAUAUAAUAAUGCAAAUUUGUACAUUGGUCAUUUUUGUUCAGCAUUCACACAUUAGUAAGGAAUUAUGAAUUUUCGUAUACCAAGUUGUAAUCAGCUUUGUGAUCAUCCCUUUUGCUUCUAUUAUUUCUCUUAUAUUAUAAUAAUCAUGACAUUUUAGCUUAGUUUCAUUUUCAAGUUGCUUUUUUGCAUCGUUAAUAUUACUUAUUAUCGCCAUUGUGCUGGUUGUAUCUUGAUCCCUUCUUUUCAUUUAUUUUUUUCCAAUUAUAUGUAGAAGUAUUAAGUAAACUUAUUGCUAUGUAAUUUGCCCAGUAUACAUUCUUAAUUUGGGUAUAACUUAAUAUGAUGAUAAACUUUAGUCCGCAGACAUGGCUAAAGAUUUUUUGUUUGGAAUGAACUUGUAACAACCAAUUCAACUUUACCAACUUUUUUCGUUAUCUACAAAUGAAGAUCUAUGAUCGGGCCUUCAAGUGAACAUACUACUUUCAAUAGUGAUUUCUAUUUUUUUUUUUAUUACCGGUAAUUAAUUUCAGAAUGUAAAAAAAGUUAAAUUCCUAAAUUUUAAAGAAGACAGUCAUUGUCAUUUACUAUUUUGAAAUGUAGCCUUCCUUCCAGUAAGUAUGACCCUGAAACAAAAUCAAGUAAUAUUCUUUUUCCAAUUGCUCGUUACAACCCGAUCUGCCACUCUUACACGGGUAUCGGUGUUGAAUUAAAUCCUCUAAACGUUCCAGAUUAAACCUUUUCGUUUGUUAUUAUUUCACAUCAAUAUCUUACGCCUGAAAUUUUCAAGCAACUGAGUUGCCUAAAUAAUCUAUGAUAAUAUUCUGAAAUAUCGUAACUGUACGAAAACAGCCUAAAAAAUAUUGAAUAAAAUAAAUAUGUACCCAUCUCAGACUGGUUGAGGCCAUUGACUUUAAGAAUUGUCUCAAUUUGAUUUGACAGUCUUGUCAAUGGUAUGGAUACAUUAAAAAAAUGUUAAUGCUGUAUAUUGUAAAUGUUUGUAAUGCUUGCAUUAUUAUCUAUGCCUUAUUAUGACUGCUGUUUAUAUUGGGUAAUAUUGACUGCUAUUUUCUGCAAACCAGAAAUAUAUUAUAUUAUUUACCUUCUUACUAGCGGAAAA